AAUGGCUCAUUGCUGCAGUGGAAACUUAGUCUCAGUCCAGACAAAACAGAACCAGAAAAACCCACACUGAUAAUGAUCCGAAAUUUGAGUGAAACUACACUAUGAGCCUCCAGUCUCCUGGAGUCCAGAGGAAACCAACCACAACUUCUCCAGAAGAUCAAUGGAAUGUUUCCACAUAUCAUAUAAGCCAAUAUGAGGGGGAAAUAUAGUGUUGAUGUGAGGUUUGGUCUGGGAGUACUGGAAGUGCAUUGACAUUGAUCAGUCUCUAAAGCAAGGGCCUGAGUUACUGACUGGCCAAAGGUCAAUAUGUGUAAGAGUCCUACUUUAUUUUGUACCACAUUUGGACUUGUGUUAAGCCACAUUUAAGACAAAGUGGAACUUGCCCAGAAGAGGAUGACCAGCACAGGAAAGGGUCUGAAAACAUGUCAUAAGCAGAAUGACUGAAGGAACUGGGGGUGCUUAGCCGAAAGAAGAGAAUGAGUUACAUGAAAAAUGAGCACAAGAGUUUGUUGGCUCUGUAAGAGAGGAAGAAAGAAAUCCAAUGGGAUCUCUUCAAACCUUACUCUGGAAGAAGUGUUCCAGUGGGCUGAGUCUUUCAAAAAACUGAUGACAACAAAAUAUGGUCCAGUAAUCUACGCUGCAUAUUUAAAAAUGGAGCACAGUGAUGAGAAUAUGAAAUUCUGGAUGGCAUGUGAGACAUACAAAAAAACCACAUCACGAUUUAGCAGGAUCUCUAAGGCCAAGAAGCUUUACAAGAAUUACAUUCAACCUCAGUCCCCUAGAGAGAUUAACAUUGACAGCCCCACCAGAGAAGCCAUCAUUAAGAACAUUCAAGAACCCACCCAGAAUUGUUUUGAUGAAGCUCAAAAAAUUGUGUACAUGCACAUGGAGAGAGACUCCUAUCCCAGAUUCCUAAGGUCAGAAUUAUACCAGAACCUCAUCAAAAGCCUGCAGAUGGACAGCCAAACCUGAAAGUACAUUACCAUUUCAGAAACUGAAGAUGGUGUAUAGAAAGCACCUUUUUUGUUCUGUUAACACCUCUAUACAACAAAAUAAGGAAACAGAGGAAAGUGAACAAUGGGUGGAUUUAUAGCUUCCAAACAGGCACUCUGCAAACUUUAGAAAUACAAGAAAAAUCCAGUAUAAUUUGAUUAUCACACCAAAUGCAUUAUAACAGAGCGAAUCAUGUACCUAAAUCCCAGGGAUGUUGUGAGGAUAAAAUUGGAUUUUUGUAAAACACUUUGCAAACCUUAAAGUGAUAUAUAAGUGAUAGCUAGCUCAAUGUAAGCCUGAUAUAGCAGUUUAUAUUUAAGGCAGAUGUUAAGAUUAUCUCCACAACACCAAUAUUAAAGAGAUUCCUCUCAAGUGACCAAAGCUUUUCAAAUUCAUCCAUUGAUCAUGCUCCUGGAUCACAUACACACCUCAGGACCUAAAAAGUUGUACUUAGAUGAAGACUAGCUCUAGGUAGAUUAUAUACUGUAAAGAAAAUGUUCUUGCUUAAUAAAUUUGCUUAAUUGUAUUGAAUUAUCAAAAAUGUAAUGAAAUACUUCACAGUAGAAACCAAUGACAAAUUGAAGACUUAGUAACAAUAACAGUGUGGUCUUAGACACUAUGUUACUUACAUGGUAUGUGCCAUUUUACAUGCAUAUUUUUUCAUUGCUUUAUAGCUUACUUAACUUCAAUCAUUGGCAUAUUGCCUUUUUUUAAAGCAAUUACUGCAUGUACAAAGCUUACUGUGUUUCCUAGUUGCAUAACAAAUUGACAGAAUUUUUUUUCCAUUUAUACUUGAAUAUACUUUUAAAAUGAAAAAAAAAACCACUGUCUUAUUUCUGGGAUUUUUUUACCCAUGAUAUGAAUGUAUCAGGCCAUUCUCUGAUACAUAAGUGGCUCUCUGACUUAGUUGGUAUGAAUAGUGCCUCCCCUACUUCCUCCCACCCCUAGACAGGCCAUAGUUACUCCAUCCCAAGGCUCACCCCAUGCAAUUAUUGCCCUAUCUUUCUGAAAAAUAGAGAUAGGGGACUCAUCCAAUAUGUUGAUCGACUUUCCCUAGUUCUUUUAGUAUGUGGAUCACAUUUGCCAUUAAAUAGAUAUGUGGACCUACAGAAGCUAUGAAUUCACAUUGUUCUUCUCUGUUUAUAUGAAAGUAAGAAAUAGGUUUUGGUACAAAUGACUGCUACAAAUUAAGUCUUACAUAUUACACCAGCCAGAACAUACAUCACUCUUCCCUAGUACCAAUCACAUUGGAAGAUGUGAGAAAUAUAGUGCAUCUAUGUGAGAUUACUUCCAUGUGAAUGUUCCCAUUCACAAAUAUUAGAAAAAAAACACUUUGUCCAGCACUGUCUUUUUCCAAAGAUCAAUUUUAAAAAAAAAUUAUGAAACAUCUGUGAUGUACAGGAGACUAGGCUAGGUAAAGGGCAUAAAAAGACAAAGAUUAGCCCCUUCCAUCCUGGAACUUCCAUUCUACCAGUGAGUAGAUGGCAGUGAUAUUUUUCAGUACAGCCAUGGUAACCUGCUGGUAGAGACUAUUUUGAGGAGAUAACUUGCAACUUUUCUCAAAUCAUACCAGUAGGUGACCAUUUAUUACACAUAGUAAACAUUUAAUAAAUGUAUCUUGAAUUGAAAUUGAUUCAUAGUUAAGCUCAUUAAAAUUCACUAAUAAUUGCUGACAUUUCAUUCUGUGAAAUAGGUGCUAUAGGUAUAGGCGGUGAUUGGCCUUAGUUACACAGUUGAUAUGCGGUGGAGCCAGAAUUUGGAACUCAAGUUUUCUUGAUUCCAGGCCCAGAAGGCUAUUUACUCCAUCAUGCUGCCUUUCCAUACUCCUAAGGAUUUAAUAUUGUAAAGAACAACACAAAUGAAUAUUAUUUCUUUUCCUUCCUGGGAUCAUUUUUAAACAUUCCUAUUUCAAUUUGUUUGGUAAAAUUCUUCCCAAUGGCCUUGAUACUACUAAUAAAAAAUGAAUCCUUCUCUCACUUCAUGGGGGCACAUUAACUCUUUUAGGUCACCAGGUCACAUAUCACUGACUGGUUCCUUCCUUGAAAAUACUGAAAAAAAAAUCAUUACCUAGAAAGGUUAAUCCACUUUCAAACAGAAGUGAGCAACUUACUUCUUUUAAAUUAUCAGGAUCAGAUCCAGCAUUUUUAAUAUGGAUAUUAAGGUUCAUAUUACCCAACAUUUUGAAUGAGUAACAUUUUCACCUGCUUAAAAAUAAAUAACAAUAAACUACAUUCAUAAUAGAAAUCAUAACCCCCAAUUUGCUAAUCAGAACAUACCCUACCUCUACUCCUGAGACCAGGAAUACCCAAUAUAAAGUAUAAAGUGAAAUUACUCAUUUAAUGGAACAUAUAUGUUGCAUUAAAAAGUCUUGAAAUGUUUAGUCAUGCAGAAAUUCAGAACUGGAAAGGACCUUUUUUAAGCAGAGCAUAAGUCCAACCCCUCAUUUUAAAGACAGAGAA